GACGGCACUGGCUGGCAUCACUGCUGGGCACUGACUGGCGGCACUGACUGGCACAACCCCUGGGCACUGACUGGUGGCACUGACUGGCAGCACUGCUGGGCUGCACUGGUGGAUGGCACUGGUGGGCAGCACUGGUGGGUGGGCACAGGUGGGUGGCACUGGUGGGCACAGGUGGGUGGCACUGGUGGGCACAGGUGGGUGGGCACAGGUGGGUGGCACUGCUGGGCACAGGUAGAGUGGCACAGGUGGGUGCACUGCUGGGCACAGGUGGGUGCACUGCUGGGCACAGGUGGGUGAUCUGCUGGGCACAGGUGGGCG